AUGAAUAAACUGGAUAAAGAAAGGUUUAGGGACAUCCAUAUCCGUCAUAAAUACAAUAUUCUGCAUAAAGUUCUAAAUGUCGGAACACCACAAUUAUCUGGUCUUUAUUUAAAAAGUUUUUAUAAUGCGGUCAAAAGAAAUAGACUAGUGCUUCCUAAUUCUAUAAUAGAGGGAGAUCGAAAGUUCUGCGGGUCUUGUGGAGUCAUAUAUGUAUCAGGAUAUACAUUGGCAUCAAAAGUUCAAAAUAUAGAAUCAGCUGAUUCUAUUGAACGAAUAUUAGUGUAUGAUUGUCUUCAAUGUGGUCAUAAGAAGGAAUUUCCAUUAUCAAUUGAAGUAAAAACUUCUAAGGAAGUAGAGAUGGUGGAGUUCUCGAACUUUCGUUCUAAAGAGACUACUUCCAACCUUGUGAGCGUAAAUAAGAAAAGUACAGGUAGGCAUAGAGCUAAAAAGAGGAAAAAGAACUCGUUGAUUAACGUACUUGCGGUUAAAAAACAACAGACAGAUAGUAAAAAUAAAAUAACGUUAAGUCUCUCGGACUUCCUUCAGAAGUAA